UGCUGUCAAAGCGCUUCAACGUCAAAUUCGUCAAAACUUUGAUUUUCCAAUUUUUCAUUAUUGAUAACGCGAAAUAAUGAUAAAUGCCCUUUUUGGAGUUUAACUUACAAUACGUUUGAAUUCUUCAUACUAUUUCUAUAUUCAAAUAAUUAUGGAGGACGUUCUGGAUGAAAUAGUAUCUUCGGAAGAUUUGCAAAAGUUCGAGAAAGUGUUCCACGAGCAGCUGCACCAAGGGAACGUGACGCACAAGGCGCAGUUCGAGUACGCGUGGUGCCUGGUGCGCAGCAAGUAUCCCACAGACAUACGCAAGGGUAUCCUGCUCCUCAAAGAGUUAUUCAACUCACACCCUGAUGGCAAGAGAGAUUACCUGUUCUACCUUGCCAUAGGCAACGCUAGAAUCAAGGAGUAUAACAAGGCUCUGCACUAUGUUAAAUCCUUCUUAGAAAUUGAGCCCGCCAACCAACAAGUUUUGGCAUUAGAGAGUCAAAUAAACAAGCGAAUGGAGAAAGAAGGUCUGAUAGGCAUCGCGGUGGCGAGCGGCGCCGUGCUGGCCAUCGGCGGCAUCGUCGGCCUCGGCAUAGCGCUGGCUAGCAAGAAAUAGCAUUUGGCCUUUCUAAUGAACGCUCUGUUGGGCGCUCAUUACCUCUUCACUAAGAAGAAGCACUUGAAAGAGGACUAGCAGCCGACUUUAUAACGAUAUUCCUAAUAAGCAACUCUCACAAGGCUUAGAAUUACUUCUUAUUUAUCUAUGUACAAAUUCAUCCAUGAUAUUUCGUUACCAAAAUUAAAAAAAAAAACAAUUUCAAAACGCUUUUAGAUUUAAAAAAAGAAUAUUGUGUGGUUUUUGAUUAAGUAGUAUAGUUUUUUUAAGAGUAAAUAGUGAGUAGCUAGCGUAAAAUGUAUGUAAUGAUAUAAUUAAUAUGUAUACUUUAUUUAUUUCUCUAGCUUUAGGCAUUAUUUUAUAUGUAAGAGAUGGUUAUAGUAUAUUGAACGAGUUAAAAGUUUGUCAAUGUGAUUCCAUUAAAUAAAUACACUUUUUGUUUUGGUUAAAAAUUCUUAUAUUGUAUGACCCUUCCAAAUAUAUGUAAGUACGUACCUAUUUAAAUAUCACCUAUAUAUGCUAUGUAUUAAUAUUAAUGUGAGGGUUUGUGUGACACAUUUUUAUGAUUAGUGAUGAUGUUCUAAUCUCUGAGUCAAAACUGCGCAUACGCAACAGUGGGCACAACUUUUGUAAUAAUGUGUAAUCGUAUAAACAUUACCCUGUUCCAAGCAUAAUGAUCAUGAAUAUUCAUGAUUGAUUUAUAAAGUAAUUAAAAGCCAAUAAAACAACACGUUCAAAACAA